GGUGUCAAUCAAUUUAUAUUUCGCUUUCUAUAAUCACUAAAACAAAAUAAUACACAAAUGGCUAACAUUUGGAUUCUAUCACUUCUCUUCUCAAUCAUCUCUCUUCUUCCCACCGCCUUGAAACGCACAAAUAAGGGGAAGCACCGACAAAUACCAUCUCCUCCUGGUUUACCUAUAAUCGGAAACUUACAUCAGCUCGGAGAAUUACCACAUCAGUCUUUAUGGAACCUCUCAAAGAAGUAUGGUCCUGUCAUGCUUUUGAAGCUUGGAAAUGUCCCAGCAGUCAUACUUUCUUCCACCGAGACAGCAAAACAAGCUCUAAGAGACCAUGACAUCCAUUGUUGUAGCCGUCCUUCUUUAGUAGGGGGAAGACAACUCUCUUACAACCACCGGGACAUAUCUUUCUCUCCUUAUAAUGAUUACUGGAAAGAACUAAGGAAGCUUUGUACUCAAGAAAUCUUUAGUGCUAAAAAUAUUCACAAAACUCAACCCAUCAAAGACUUGGAGGUCAAGAAACUAAUCGAUUCAAUCGCGGAAUCAGCUUCUCAUAAGACUCCGGUAAACCUGAACAAGAAGUUUCUUGCUUUAAAUGUAAGUAUAGUAUGCAAGUCAGCCUUUGGUGUGAACUUUGAGGGAACUGUGCUUAGCAAUGAUAGGUUCAAGGAGUUAAUGCGUGAAACAUUCGAGAUGUUGGGAAGUUUCUCUGCCUCAGAUUUUGUUCCCUAUAUCGGUUGGAUCAUCGACAGGUUAACUGGUUUGCAAGGAAGGAGAGCAAAAAACGCGCAAGAUCUCGAUGCGUUCUAUGAACAAAUUAUUGAUCUGCAUAAAGGGGAAAAGGAAGUAGGUAGUGAAGAUUUUGUGGACUCACUUUUGAGAUUGGAGAAAGAAGAAACUGUUGUUGGAAAUGACAAGUUCACAAGAAAUAAUGUUAAAGCAAUCUUGAUGGACAUUCUUUUAGCGGGCAUUGAAACCUCUGCAAUAAGCAUGAUAUGGGCGAUGACAGAACUUGCGAGGAACCCACGAGUGAUGAGUAAAGUCCAAUCUGAAAUCCGAAACAAAUGUGGGAAGAGAGAACUAAUCAGAUACGAAGACAUAGAUCAACUUCAUUACUUGAAAAUGGUGAUUAAAGAAUCAUGGAGGCUACAUCCUCCAGCACCUCUUCUGCUUCCAAGAGAAGUAAUAUCUGAAUUCGAGAUCGAUGGCUACAAGAUUCAACCAAAGACACAGAUUCAUGUCAAUGUAUGGGCUAUCGGGCGUGAUCCUGAUACCUGGAAAGACCCGGAUGAGUUCCUUCCCGAGAGGUUUCUUGAUAGUAACAUUGAUACAAAAGGACAGAGCUUUGAGCUAUUACCAUUUGGGAGCGGUCGGAGAAUUUGUCCAGCAGUUUACAUGGGGACAACAAUGGUGGAGUUUGGCUUGGCAAAUCUUUUGUAUCAUUUUGACUGGGAGUUACCAGAUGGCAUGGCUGUAGAACAUAUAGACUUGGAAGACGCUCCUGGACUCGGUGCCAACAAGAAAAACGAUCUUCUACUUGUCCCAUCUCAUUUUUACUACUUAUAACACCGCUUCUCUUUAACUUUGUUGAUAACUUGAUGCUUUGGUCUUAGGCUCUUAGCUUUUUAGCGCUCAUUUGUUUUCAUGGUUUUGUUAAACUUGUUUCUCCUUCUUUUUUAUCGAUCUCUCUCUACGUUUUAAUCUUCACCAUCGUAUGUGUAUGUACUCAAACUUCAAAUUUCGUCAAAGCCUUCUAAAGCUUCCAAUUCUUGAA